CUUGAUCUCCAACUUUCAUCAUCAUCUCGAAUCCUCCUUACCUCACCUUCCUUUUGACGACCACCCGACCAUGUUUCAACGGGAUCCCAGGGCAGGUGCCUUCCUCGGUGGAGAUCGUGUUUCUGGACAAGAAAUUCGAGAUCAAAAUGUGAUUGCUGCGCAGACGAUAGCAAACAUCGUCAAGACCUCGUUGGGUCCUCUCGGUUUAGAUAAAAUGUUGGUGGACAACAUCGGAGAAGUGACUAUCUCAAACGACGGUGCUACGAUCCUCUCCCUCCUCAGCGUCGAACACCCCGCCGGCCGCAUCUUUGUCGAUCUCGCUCAAAAACAAGACAAAGAAGUCGGCGAUGGCACCACUUCCGUCGUGAUCAUUGCUGCGGAGCUCCUGCGCAGGGCGAACGAGUUGGUGAAAGCCAAGAUUCACCCGACGACGAUUAUUACGGGGUAUAGGCUUGCAUGUAGGGAGGCUGUCAAGUUUAUGCAAGAUCAGUUGAGCAUCAAGGUGGACGCGCUUGGGAGGGAUGCAUUGAUCAAUGUGGCCAAGACGUCGAUGUCGAGCAAGAUUAUUGGCAACGACGACGACUUUUUCGCGCCUAUGGCGGUGGACGCGAUGCAAGCCGUGAAGACGAUCAACCUGCGAGGAGAUAUCAAGUACCCAGUCAAGGCUGUUAACAUCUUGAAGGCUCACGGUAAAAGCGCACGCGAAUCCGUCUUUGUUUCUGGAUACGCCUUGAACUGCACGGUGGCCAGUCAAGCUAUGAAGAAGCGAAUCACGAACGCGAAGAUCGCUUGCUUGGACAUCAACCUCCAUAAAGCCCGUAUGCAACUUGGUGUGCAAAUCCUGGUGGAUGAUCCCGAGCAGUUGGAGGAUAUCCGACGAAGGGAAUCUGAGAUCACUUUGGAGCGGAUUCGCAAGAUACUGGCUACCGGAGCCAAUGUUAUCCUCACGACCAAGGGUAUCGACGAUCUCUGCCUGAAGGAGUUUGUCGAGGCAGGUGCGAUGGCCGUCCGUCGUUGUCGCAAGGAAGACCUCCGCCGUAUCGCGAAAGCCACCGGUGGACAGCUCAUCUCCAGUCUUGCCAACUUGGAGGGUGAAGAAACGUUCGAGGCGAGCUAUUUGGGUACUGCCGACGAAGUGAUUCAGGAGCGCAUUGCGGACGACGAACUCAUCCUGAUCAAGGGUACCAAAGUAGUCAGCUCGGCAUCGAUCAUUCUCCGAGGUGCCAACGAAUCGAUGUUGGAUGAGAUGGAAAGGUCGUUGCAUGACACUCUUUCUAUCAUCAAGCGAACGCUCGAAAGCGGCGCCGUGGUGCCCGGAGGUGGUGCGGUUGAGUCGGCUCUGAGUGUUUAUCUUGAAAACUUUGCUACCAGUUUGGGUUCGAGAGAGCAAUUGGCCAUUGCUGAAUUUGCUUCGGCUUUGUUGUCGAUUCCAAAGACUUUGGCCGUGAACGCGGCUAAAGAUUCUACGGAGCUCGUUGCGAAACUCCGUUCGUAUCACAAUGCUGCACAAAAGGCUCCUGCUGGGGACCAGAAGAAGGUUUUGCUGCGAUAUGGUCUUGACUUGUUGAAUGGGGAGGUUAGGGACAAUGUCAAUGCCGGUAUCCUCGAGCCGACCAUGAGCAAGGUGAAGAGCUUGAAGUCGGCAUAUGAGGCUGCUGUGUCCCUUCUCCGGAUUGACGAUGCGAUUCAAUGUGUGCCUGACCAACCUGCAGAAGACCCCCACGCACAUUAAAUGUAGAGUAGAUGUAGAAUAUCGAAAUAAUGAAUUGGAUGAGA